UGUGUGUGUCUCUCUCUCUCUCUCUGUCUCUCUGUCUCUCUCUCUCUCUCUCUCUCUCUCUCUCUCUCUCUCUCUCUCUCUCUCUCUCUCUCUCUCUCUCUCUCUCUCUCUGUCUCUCUCUCUGUCUGUCUCUCUCUCCCUCUGUCUCUCUCUCUCUCUGUCUCUCUCUCUCUCUCUCUCUCUCUCUCUCUCUCUCUCUCUCUCUCUCUCUCUCUCUCUCUCUUCUUGAUCGCACCAUGGUCAAGAUUCCCCUGCUGGCCAAGGCAGUCAAAGGCAAGACAACAAGACCAGGCCAGCACACCAGAAGGACGCGCCACGGCAGUGCAUUCAUGUACCAAGCCAGAGAGGCUCUCAGCUCAGUCUGGAUGGCGCUGCCGUUUCCAACCCAGUGGUCCACACACACACACACUCUCUCUCUCUCUCUCUCUCGCUCUCGCUCUCUCUCACACAUUCUUUUGUUUCGAGUCUAUUUUACCUGA